CUCCAUCGGCUUCACGGACGGAGGCCAGGUUUCCAAGCUCGGGUUCUGGCUUGGAAAUGUAAGCAUGGCCCCGACGCCAAGGGACGUUGGAGAAGUCUCUGGUCCCGGGUGCCCGCCUGGCGAGGCGAGGGGCGCCACGCUCGUCACUGGCCGAGAUCGCUCGGGCCCGCGGCUCUCUGGCCCAUCUCCUCCUCCCCCGCAGCCGUUCCCACUCGGGCUUUUUCGGCCGUUCCAGCGCGGCCCUUUUUUGUCCCCCAGCUCCAGGCGCCCCGGCAGCGCCCCGCCCCGCCGAGCAUGGAGCUCCCCGCCUCCGCCUUUGUGACCCCCGCGGCCGCGGGUGUCGCCCCGACCGCCAGGGCCGCCGCGCUCCGCGGCGCGCCGUCGGCGGGCGCCCCCGGCACGGCCGCGGGCGGCCGCGCCGGGCUGCUCGCGCCGCUCGGCCUGGGCUGCGCGUUCGCCGUGGUCGGUGCGCAGCGGCGGAGGCAGCGCGGCGGCGGCGCGCGGCGCCAGGCCGCGCAGAGCUACAAGGACUACAGCGACCCCUGGCUGGCGGGCGCGGACCUGGGCUUCGAUCCGCUGAACCUGGCCGUCGGCACGGGCGUCUUCGACAAGGCGCCGACGGCGGUCCCCGAGACGACAUACUACAACUACCGCGAGUCCGAGGUGAAGCACGGCCGCUUCGCCAUGGUGGCCUUCCUGGCCAUCUUCUUCGAGGACGCGGACCGCGGGGCCGUCGCGAGGCUGCUGGGCUUCAAGGACGCAGUGGACAACCUGGACGGGACCCUGGGCCUGGACGAGGUGCAGGCCCCAGUGCUGCUGGUUGGGCUCGGGUACCAGGCGCUGGCGGAGUACAACCUGCAGAAGAGCGAGGACGACGGCAACUUCCUCAGCGUGGAGUACAAAAAGGACCGUUGCCCCGGCGACCUCGGCUUCGACCCCGUCGGAGUCCUGAAGGGGAAGGGGAUCGAGAACAAGGUCUAUCUCCACAACGUCGAGGUGAACGUCGGCAGGCUGGCCAUGAUCGGCGUCACCUCGUUCCUGGCCCAGGAGUUCCUCCUCAAGCGCUGAGCCGCGCCCGUCGCGGGGCCCGCCCCGUGCGCUCCACAGGGGUCCACGGGGCGGGAGGGGGCACAGGGGUCGGGCGUUGGCAGGGUCGACGCUGGCCCAGGGUGGCCCCGGAUUUCUCGCGCGGGCUGGAGGGGAGGACUGCGGUUCGGGCCAAAGCUCGGGCGCCCUCCCCGGAGGUUGGCGAGACGGGCCGCGGGCCCAUUGCAGUUUUCGCCCCGCUGUUUGUGCGGGCUGCUGCGGCUGGCUGCUGCAGCCACAGUCGAUUUUCGAUCCCCUGAUACGCCCGCUCGCUCGCGUUUUAGCGUUCUUGCUGGCAGGGCCCGACCGGUUGACCGAGCAUAAUGUGCAAGGAUCACGGGAGCGAGGAGCGAGA